CUAUCCCGAAUGUGCUGUUCUCCUUUGCGAUAGGGCACAGCCGCAGCAAAGUGAGCGGAAAGGACAACCCCAUUGCGGGAGCCCCCUUUCAUUUAAGCGCCAGGGUCAAGCACUGGUCCUUGAACAACAUCUUAUAUAAACAAGUGACUCACUUGCACAUAUUCAACAAAUAAGAGCUGUAAAUAUGGCUUCUCUCGCAACCAUCUCGCAGGCGACGGCAUUCCCCUCUCGUGCCCCGCGCUGUCGCCGCAACCUUUUCUCCGCUCCUAAAUUGUCUCACACGCUUCGUGGGAACACCAUCGCGACCAGUCAGGUGGCAUCGACGAAUGGCGCUGCCGAAGACCUUAAAGGAUUGCUGUCGCGCUUUGACAGCGAUGGCGACGGGCGCCUCACUAUUGAGGAGGUCCAGCAGGCGUUCGCAGCCAUGCAGGCGCUGCGCGACAACUCAAGCCCCUCCAAACCGGCCGCCGCCGCCGCCGCGCCGCAAACCCCCCCUGCCUCCGCCCACGCCGCCAGCACCUCCACGCCUGCAGCCUCCGCCGCCGCUGCCGGGCCUCUGUCGUGGGACCUGCAAGUCUUCACCGGCUUCGUCAACGCGGUCAAGAGCGGGGAGGGCCCGAUGUCAGCCCUGAUGCGGUACAUGAAGGGCAAGCUGCGCAACGAGGGCAAAAACCGCGCGCUGGCAUCGGACCUGCUGUGGUCCUUCUGCGGCAUGUUCUCGGCGGUUGCGGCGCUGGGCGUGAUGAACCUGUACGUGCGCACCUGGCCCGUGGUGGGCGAGUGGCACCAGCAGGGCCUGGGCCUGCUGCUGGGCUCGUUCGGCACCCUGUGUGUGCUCAUCUUUGGGCGGCCCGAGGCGGAGGCGGUGCGCGUCUGGAACCUGCUGGCCGGCCACGUGAUCGCCACGGUCACGGUGCUGACGCUGCUGCACCUGCUGGGCCCCUCGGUGCUGAGCCGCGCCCUGGCCAUGGCUGCCAUGAUCGCCGUGAUGCUGUUCACGGACAGCGUGCACCCGCCCGGCGGCGCGCUGGUGCUCAUGGCGGUGGACAGCGCGGCCAUCCAGCGCAUGGACUGCCCCAAGCCUCCCAGCCCCACUCCUCCCUCGCCUAAGCCUCCCAGCCCCACUCCUCCUUUGCCUCCCAGCCCCUCUCCUCCCUCACCCAAGCCCCCCAGCCCCAAGCCUCCGAGUCCCACUCCUCCCUCACCCCAGCCACCCAGUCCCAAGCCACCCAGCCCCAACCCUCCCUCGCCCCAGCCUCCCAGCCCGGCCCCACCUGUGUGCACAGCUGACACGGCUUGGGCGCAGCCAGCCGGUCUGUCACCCAACUCCGAUGGCACAUAUUCUGGCACGACUGUCCCGGUCUACAGCGGCAGCGGCACGGUCGUGAGCAACAAGUUCUGGCAGUGGUACCCCGUGCCCGACACCAGCAAGUGGGGCGGCUACUUCAGCGUGCCACUUCCUCCCGCAGGCCAGACCUACACAACCCCUGUGAGCGGCGCCAACAUUCUGAUUGGCUGCGCCGGCUGUGCGAAAAACGACAAGAGCAAAGGCUAUGUCGCAGCCUUGGUGGAGCUUGCCGUCUACCGGCCCACCGACAGCAGUAAGCCCGCCAUUGGCUACUGCGGCGUCCGCAUGACGUCGGGCAUAGACCUGACGGAUGAGCACCUCUACGCUAGCUACGCCCAGCUCACCGAUUCGGCGCCGGGCAGCUUCAAGCCUAUCGACGCGGUGGUUGACACCAUCCGCGCCACCACCAGCACCCUGCUGUCCACCACCAUCUUCACCCAGACCUUCACUGGCACCAUUAGCGGCUCCACCGGCUGGAUAGCCUGCCACCUGGGCGUAGAGCAGUGCGUGCCUGCAAGCUAAUGGUGCUGCACGUACGGCACCCAUCCAGUGUGUGGCGGCUGCUGUGCAUGCACGGCGAGCCGCACACACGCUGCCAGGAAAUACGUAUGGUGUUGCGGUGUGCGCCUAGUGAGGCAUUUCAAUGCCUUGAUUGACAAUGCGGUGGUUUUUGAUGACACUCAGCGUGCUUUUAUGUGAUGGUGUCCAUUGUUACUAUGUCUCCAUUUCUGCGGGUUGACGGUACUGGCACUUGUCUAUUGGAUGGUUGAGACUACUGUCGUUGCUGCGGCUGGAUUGGAUGACGGGUACAAUCACUUGUCACUUGUUUACUCGGGGCCUAUGACGCGGUUUGGCUCCAGAUUCAUGGCCUCUUCUCAUCAUUCUCCACAUUGUCCUUCAUGUCAAUGCCGCCGCAUCACUUCAUAGCCGCGCAUGCGGUUGGCGCAUUACUAAUGCUGCCCUAAACCAAUCCAGUGGCAUGCGUGGCACAGGGUCCUAGACCUAUGGUCCAUCACCAAACCAGCAACGACAUUGUACGGUAUCCAACACGCAAUUGUGGCCAUUGUGCUAAUUGUUUGUAGAGUUUGCCCCGCACGGUGUCACCCCGCCCAUUGCAUCCCGCGUCAGCAGCACCAGCCCCAUGCAUGGGUAUGCCCCCAC